AUGUCGCCGCUCCAACCCGGUUCCGAGCAGGCCCAGCUCAGGACACAUUUGACGCCAACCUGCAAACCAGACUCGCAACUUUCCCUCCGCGGCAACAAUCCUCCAUCCGUCUGUAUCGGUGGGCGCAUUUUCGUCGCAUCUUCAGCCCCAUUUGCAUUGGGACUCUUCAUUUCGUAUUGCUGCGCUUUGCAGACGCGCACACGAAUGCAUGCACACACGGACACACAACGGAACGGUACCGAGAUUCUCGAUGCUCAUGUCGGUUAUGAUGGCGCGAUUCGGCGCUUCGACGGUGUACGCUUGGAGCUAUACACUCUGACGAUUGUAAGUCAAUCUCGAGGCUACAGAUCAUGGAUUGGAGGAAAGCGAAAAAGGGUCAGAACUGUGGUUCAAGGCCAAAUAAAGUGA